AUGGCCACGCACAAACUCUACGAAGCCGACAAGCCCGAACACUGCUCCCGACUGGAAUCCUUGCCCCGCGAGGUCAGAGAAAAGAUAUACUUCUACCUGGGUUUCCCUGUGGCCGGUCACUGCGUACAUUACUGCGACAAGCCGUGUUCCGUUCAUCAGGCGUUGCGGUUUGGCCAGGAGAGGAAGAGGCAUUUUGAAGAGCUAAAGCGACAGUAUGAGCAGAAGAAAGAAAACGCGCGCUGGACAUCGUAUAACGAGGGCGAGAUAACAAAGUUCAAGGAACAGGCUCGCAUAGCUCUGGCAUCCAACGUCGUCACCAUCUCGGCGAUCGCAAAGGGCCAGGGCUUGAUACCGGGCAAGGUCAGCAUCUCUGGCGUCGACGAGAGCAGAUUAGAGCACAAGCUGUUCCAGAUUCCGGAGUGUGGGCUUCUGCUCGCCAAUCGGUUCUUCUACGACGACCUUUCCGCAUGCUUCGAGGCGGAUUCAGCUAUAGCUCGCGAGGUGCCGAAGCCUGUACACCAGCAUUUCUGCUCGGGGAGCUGCUUUCUCUCAUUGGAUGAUGAUGAGGGCGAUAACGAGGGGAUACCAUCUCCGUGGUCUUGA